ACCACUUCGAGCAGCGAUGAAGCGAACGUUCGAUUACUUUCCACCAACCAUUUGCUACGAUAAACCCGCGGCCGCUGCGGUAUCCGUGGAAGAGAGUGAAUCGCGAAGGACGAGUGCGUUGGCAGGUUUGCGAGUGCUGGAGCUGACUGUACCGAAAAAAUCAGCCAAAGUGUGGACACUCCAGGAGCAUGAUCUGUGUCGCGUGUCGCUCCCGGAAGGCUCCCAAGUCGGUGAUCUGAAUCUGUGGAACUUGGAAAAUCCCCGCUCGGAGCGAUUCUACUCGGGCAAAACACGUCAGAUACACUCGACCCAUCUGAAGCCGUACGAUCGGCUUUGGAGUAGCUUUCCGCACCUUCGGCCCAUGGCCACGUUCGUGAGGGACUCGCUCAGCGAUUACGGGAUCGACCGGGACGGAGGAUCCCUCCACGAUGUGGUGGGGACACGAUGCGACGACUAUAUCUACAAGCUGAUUACCGGUGAGGAUCGGCACGAUAGUUGUCACACAUACCUCACAGAGGCAGUCAAGGGCCACGGAUUGACGGAACAGGACGUGCACGACACCUGGAACAUCUUCAUGUGCACCGGUUUCACGAGGGAUACACAGCAAUACUUUUGCAAACCAAGCCCAGCCCGGAAGGGCGACUUUAUCGAGUUCAUCGCGGAUAUGAACUUACUCGUGGCCCUGUCUGCGUGCCCUCAGGGUGAUGUUUCGAUUCAAGUGGGCCAGACGGUGCCGGAUGAGAAAUGUUUCCCUUUGAAAGUGGAGGUGUUCCGGCCGAAAGUAGAAUAUUGAAAUACCAUGCCGAGCAGUAAAAGUGUCGAUUCGUCCUGCCAUAGAGUCUUUCGUUGUACUGAACGGUCGUGCCAGCCAGCAAUUGAAUCGCAUCCACAAUAGCGAUUAUUGAAGUAGCAGAUGUGUUCGUUUGAUGAGUCAGAUCUUUAUUUGCACGUAAAUAUGAGGUAAAACGUAAACGUAAACGUACAACAUUAAACUUUGCGGCAAAAUUCGGGUUUCUCUUGUCCCAACGAUGUAUUCGUUAUCUCCCGUUUUCUAUGUUCCAUCAAA